AAUGGACAGCUCGUCGCGUAACAUCCACAAGCUGACCACCAUGUGUCUCAACGUCAUCCGCUGGGACACCAACGAGCAGUGGCGCAAGGCGCUGACCGACCUCGUCGCGGACGACGUCCGCGAGCGAUACGUGCAGUACGAGCCCGUCGAGUACAUGUGGUCCGAGCUCGUGCGGUUCCUGGUCCACCGCUUCGGAUACAGCAGGUUCGACCACAUCUUGGUCUUUGCCCAGUUUGGGAUCAGGCACCCGGAAGCCAGGGAGGUGCCCAACGUGUACGUCUGGGAGUCGAUUCUGGAAGAGAUCGCCGAGAGCUACAUCGUCGUGCCCGAGGACGCGGAUCUCUACUUCAUCAUCGCCCCGCUGAAGCGCCCCGAGCCGCUGGCCCCGACCUUGACGCUCAACAUCCUGUAUCCUGACCGGUACGAUGACCUGGAGUUGUUCGAUCUUGACUCGCCGAGUCUAUCUGAGGGUUCGUCUCCACUUCCGUCGCCCACGGCCCCAGCUCGGAGGACCGAGUUCGAAUUCGAGGAUAUCGAGGAUUAUUCCGGGGAUGAAAAUGCCGUCCUUGAAGCAGUUGAAGCAGUCAAGAUCACUCCUGUUCACCAAGGUGAAGACGGCUCUACGGACAGCGACGACUCAAGCUACAGUGACGGUGAGUCCAACGCUAACUCCUCUGCUACACCUAUCUCGGCUAGCACUCCAGACCGCUCGUUGGCAUCCGUAGCCUCAGGGAAACCUCCUGGUGCCACCGCGGCAAAGCAGAACACGCCCUCAACCCGGGGUGUGUCCGGUCCCAGGGGCCGCCCUUCCACGCGUGUCACCGCACCCAACCGUGGACGAACCAACGGCUCAGCCACAACCUCGAGGGCCACCCGACCCCAAAAUACCGGAACCGUCACUGGCAGACCGCCCAACCGAGCCUCCUUCCACCUGGGGACAGGCACAACAGGUCUGAGCAGAUCCAACGCCGUCAGACGACCGACCACCACCGGUGUUAUUUCCCCUAUCCGGACCAACAACAGCAGCAACCCCAACAACAAGCCAAGUACUAGUAGUACUGCCACUUCCACUUCCACUUCCACCAGCCUGGAAGCUCCAGCAAUCAACAACCUCAAGAUCGUCGACACACUCGGCGAGGCCGAGUACAACAUCAGCAGCGCCGAAGACGACGACUACGGCACCGCAGACCUGGGCGUCGUCGACGCCUACGUCGGCAGCUACGGCGCGGGCGACACGCCGGCCGAGUGGCACGCCUGCCUCGACUUCUUCAGCGUCAACCUGGCCAAGUACCAGAAGCGGGAGGCCCUGCCGGCGGCCAACAACAACAACAACAACAACAACAACAACAACAACGAGGGUGUAAGUGGAGAUCCGCGGAAGACGAAGAAGCAGCGGGUGCCGAUGAAGAAGCUGCCCGGCAUGUCGGUGGGGUUGUUCGACUACCAGCUCAUGGGCGUGUUUAACCUGCUCAAGCUUGUGCUGGGCGACGUGUCGGGCGGCCUGCUGUGCGACGAGCAGGGGCUGGGCAAGACGCAAGAGAUGUACGGCGUCAUCGCGCUUGCGCAUAGCCUGCGCCGGUGCAAGGCCGAGGUCAGGGCUGCUUGGAAGGAGGGAAAGAAUAAUAAGAAUCAUAAUAAAGGCGGCACUGGCACUCCCCCUCAGGGCAAGAACAAGGUGGGGGCUGGUACUCCGAGCCAGCACAACCCUUCUGGGUCCGUGGCGGCGCGCUCGUGUCCCUUUGACGAGAGGUAUGGCUUCCGGUGCUACUGCUACAACGAGCUAACACGGGAGUUAGCCGACCGACUGCCCGACGGCCCGAACAUCAUGGUAGCUCCGGCGCGGAACUGCGCUCCCAUGGUGCGCGACGCGAAGACGAAGCUCGACACCAAGGUGUUCAAGAUCUGGGGCUGUUAUGACGGCGUCGACAAGGACGACAGACUGACCGGGGAGAACGUCAAUGCCCUGCGCGCUACCGUCACGGGGAAGCAAGGCAAUACCGGGCCCGUGUACCAGUACCAGGCUGGGGCCGGACAGAGCGACUACAUCCUUGUCGUGUCGCCCGAGUACAUCUCCCGCCUGAACACUUUAUUUUCUGUUCUUGUGCUGAUCCCGGACUCGGCUGAGAUCACGAAAAGGAGCGCCCUCCUGCCUGGCAUGGUCCUGAUGGACGAGUUCCACGAGUAUGCCAUUGCCCGGGACGGCGAGGAGAGUAGAACUGUGGCCUGGCUCCAGCAUCUGAAGAGGUGCUGCCUCGAGUCGCAACAGCCCGUUCCGCUGACAUACUUUGUGUCCGGAACGCCCUUCGGUGAGACUCCGGCGGAUAUCCGUCCGGCCAUCUCCCUCUGGGAGAAGGAGGAUUGGCGUGACGAGUCCCAUCCCCUGAACGGCGCCACUCUCGCAGCGUUCGACGACCUGACCAACACUUUCGAUACCCUCACCGGGCUGCAGGCCAGCGGGAAGGUCGUGGCCAGGGCCGACAUAGCCGACUAUCGGCGCCGCCUCGACCAGGUCCUCCAGCACACGAUGGUCCGCCGUCUGGGCACCGACCAGUUCCAGGGCCGCAACCUGACCGACAUUGGCCCGCUCAAGGUCAACAUCAUCGACCACCUUCUCCCGUCCGCGGUGACAUCCGACUUGCAAUCGCUGGCCUUCCGCACGCGGGACCUCGCUAUGGAAGCCGCCACAGCACAAAACAUCCCCCUUCCGCAACUCCUGCGCAACCAGACAGGCGAAGCCCUCCUCCUCAAACUGCGCCUGGCCUCCACCUUCCCGGGCAUCGCCUCUCCCACAGGGUCAGCCUUCACCUUCACCCCCUCCGAGCUGCGCACGCACCUCUCCGCCGCCAAGGGAGACGUCACCAAGACCCCUUACUUCCGGCACAUCCCGGCCUGGUCAGCACACUCCCCCAAGCUGGAAACCAUCUCCCAAACCAUCCUCACCAUGCUCGCCGACAGGACCCCGAUCCCCGGCCGCCCCUCCACCCAAAAGAAGUACUGCAUCUUCUGCCCGCUCGAAGCCGAAGCCAUGCUCCUCCACGGCUACCUCCUCCUCCUCUUACCCGCCACCACCGGCACCUCCUCCCUCAAACCGGUCCUACUACACAGCUCCCAGCCCCAAGCAGACCGCCAGGCCCUCCUCGCGCAGUUCCUGACCGAGGGCAACGCGCCACCAAACGUGCUGGUCGCGCCGCUCUCGCUCGCCGGCACGGGGCUGAACCUGCAGCGGGCGCGAUACAGCACCGUGACGGGCCCCGCGUGGACGAAGCGCGAGACCCAGCAGGCGUACUACCGCAUCCAUCGGGUCGGGCAGGUGCAGGAGACCAGGCUGAGUCUGUUGGUGGGGAGGUGGAAUCCGGCUGAGAGGUUUGUGCUUGCGGGUUAUGAGGGGGGUCUGAAGGUAGAAGGAGGGGAAGGGGAAGGGGGGGACCAGGAGGAGGAGAUGUGGGAGGUGGGGAAUGGGUUUUGUGGUGGUGGUUGUGGUGGUGGAAAAGAGGGAGGAAAAGGGGUUUUGGUGGAGAGGCAUCAGAAUAAGGAGGAGGACUAG